AUGAGGUUGUCACUCCGUGUUAGUGCCGCUGCCGCACUAAUUAUCUUUACUCUCGUCUUGGUCUGUCGCAAUCUGAAGACCAAAGGUGAAUCGCUUCAGGAUAUAUGGCACUUCGACACCGGCUCCUUCCGCACAUCCCUCAGACCGAAACCCGAACCUGAUAACGGACCGCAACGGAAAUGGCGGGUUGCAUCGGAUAAUAAACCCGCUUUAAUCUACCAGACCACCGAAAUCGUGGUCCCUAACCAAGGUGCCAUUGUGAUGGGCAAGCGCAAGGAGGAAGAUACCGCUUGGAUUGGCGCAGAACUGGCAGAAGGAAGACAGCCUAAUGAAUAUCUCCAGAUGGCGCAGCGUCAUUUACACCGUCGACGAUACCAAUGCCCAACCCACACACCGAAGAACAAGGGUCGCGAGGCUCUCCCCUACCUUCAAUACCUGGUCGACCACUACGACGACCUUCCAGACGUUGUGGUCUUCCUGCAUAGUCACCGCGACGGCGUAAUUGCCGGCUGGCAUAUCGACACCAUGGAUUACAGCAACGUGGACUCGGUGCGGGCAUUGCAGAAAGAAUUCGUGCAACAGGCAGGCUUUGUCAACUUGCGUUGCCAAUUGAGCCCAGGAUGUCCCUCGGCCAUCCAACCAUUCCCUGUUCCUGGCGAGCCCGUUCCCCGCGAAAUCGCUGCCCCGUGCUGCUCCCAGUUUGCCGUCUCCCGAGAGCAGAUUCUCCAGCGCCCCCGUACCGAUUACCAGCGCAUGUAUGACUGGGUGAUGGACAAUGACCUGCCGGACGAGGCUACUUCGAACAUUAUGGAGUACUCAUGGCACAUCGUUUUCGGCAAGGAUCCUGUCUUCUGCCCUGAUCUGUUCCAAUGCUACGCAGAUGUCUACGGCGAGGAAGUCAUCUUCAACUACUGA